AUGGGUAGCUUCGACCAGAGCAAAGCGUACGCAGCACAAGAGGAAAAGGGUGCUUUUUUUGACGAUGGACGGGAGAUUGAGCUGCUGCACUUUGUUUACUCACACCCCAACAUUGACAAGAUACGAGGCUCACCAGAGGGCGUCCUAGCCGCCAUUGAUGAAUAUGGGCGAACAAAGAAGUAUCUUAUGAAUGUUGGAGAGGACAAGGGCCGCAUUGUCACUGAUCUCAUUGCAGAGGUCAAGCCAAAAACCAUGAUCGAACUCGGCGGUUACGUGGGCUACUCGUGUAUCCUCUUCGCAGACGCAGUACGCAAAGCUGGCGGUGAGCGAUACUUUAGCUUCGAGCGUGAUCCUGCAUUCGCGGCAGUCAUCAUGUCCCUCGUCGACCUCGCAGGGCUCAGUGACCUCGUAAAGGUGGUUGUGGGCUCGAGCGACGAGGGAAUUGCACGUCUGGUAGCAUCGGGCCAGCUCAAGCAUGUGGAUCUCAUGUUCCUUGACCACUACAAGCCAGCCUACACGACAGAUCUCAAGCUUUGUGAAGAACUUGGGCUGAUCACUAAAGGCUCAGUGCUCGCUGCAGACAAUGUCAUUAAGCCCGGAAAUCCGCCGUACUUGAAGUACGUCAGAUCGAGCGUCGAGGAGAAGGUCAAGGAGGCUGGAGAGGGCGGCCAGACGAACCUCAAUGGUAUUGCUGAGACGAAUGUCAAGAUGUACGAGAAGCGAUAUGGCAAGGCCAAGUUCAGUGAAAGCAGAGGCAACCCGCAUCUGCAGUACGAGAGUAAGCUGAUCAACAGCUUUGAGCCGACAGGCGUACCUGACGGGAUCGAGAUUACGCGAUGCGUUGGGUAG